CGCGAGGUUAAGAAACCGGAUAGCGAGACCGAUUCGGUCGGAGUGGCUGGAGGGGCAAAAUAAAACUAAUAGCUACCAAUCUAAAAAAUGUCUGGACGCUCAGUUCGAGCCGAGACCCGGAGCCGCGCGAAAGAUGACAUUAAGAAAGUGAUGGCGGCCAUUGAAAGGGUCCGCAGAUGGGAGAAGAAGUGGGUGACUGUUGGGGAUACCUCUUUGCGGAUAUUUAAAUGGGUACCUGUGGUGGACACCAAGGAGAAAGAGAAAGGCAAAGUGGGUGCUGGAACAGCAAGAGAGCGGAAAGGCUUUCCUACAGACACGGCCUCCGAAGAUGCCCGUUCAGUCCUCCUUGACUUCCAGGAUGAGAACAGCAACCAAAGCUCCCUGUCGGACAUGUACCAUCCCAAAGUGGACAGCAGCAGCAACUCCAGCCCGCAGCCCAGUGAGCCAGUUAGCCCCGCCCACACCUGUGACUUCCGCACCGACGACUCCCAGCCCCCCACGCUGGGCCAGGAGACCAUGGAAGAGCCAACAUUGCAGACAUGUGAAGUUGCUGACGAGCCACCAACACUAAUCAAAGAGGACCUGCUGCCCCUCACCGCCCAGGGGAAGUACCCGGAGUCCCUACAGGUAAGUCAUGGAAGUCCCAUGUUACUACAGAAAAGAGCUUGUGAUUCACACGAAAAAGAGGAAGAGGAAAGUUCCGGAGCCCCGCCACUAAAAAGGGUCUGCAUGGAGCAGAACUCCAUCCUGCAGGCAGCGUCUCUCAGCUAGCCCACAGCGCCAGUGGGCUCAGUCGAAGUCAGCGUGUCUCAAAAUGGCUGCAAAAGACACAUCAAGGACCAGACGUGUUCAAUGGAAGGAAUGUGUUUGCAUUUACCUGAUACAACUAGCUUGUACCAUCUUUUCCUCCUACAAAUGUUGCAUUUAUUUUAUUUUAUUAUUGUUUUAUAUUUUUGCAUAACUUACAAGAUGCCGUUUCAUCCAGGAUAUGGAUGCUAAGCCAGAAACUUAAACCAAAAAGCCAGAAACGGUCGCUGACGUCUGCUUUUGGCACCAGUGUGAACAAAUAAGUUAAACUGAAGAUGUUGAAUUGAAAUUUCUUUUUUGUUAAUUGGGAACUAUAGCUAUAUUCAAAAUAUAAUUUCAGAGUGUGCAUUGAUUUUUUGUGUAUGCAAUAUGAUGCAACAGGGCUUUGAUGUUACGGGCAGUUGUAACAAAAUAAUACAAAAAAAGCCAUGCUUGGUGUUGUAUUGUUACAUUACGCUUGGUUCGGCCUUGAAUAGAAUUUUUAUGUGGAGUCAUUGUAAAUGCAUGUAGAUUAUUUACCAUGAGUGUUGGUUGAUGGGUAUGUGAUAUUUCAAAGAUUUUCCAUGAUAAUUACUUAGAUGUGAGGAUGUUACCUUUUAUGUGAAUACACAGAUUUUCAAAGAUAUUUGAGUAUACAAAGUUAGUUUGUGGAAGUCUGUUUUUAUUAAGACACAAGACAAAGUCUAAUUGGCAAUUUCAGCAUCCCAUAAUGUUAAACCAAUCUACCUUGGGGUGCCCAUCAUCCAUAUAACCAUUAAUAUUAAGUGAUUAAAAGGCAUACAGACUUAUUCUCUGAAAGACCUAUAUUCCGUUUUACUAUUUUCAUGUAGCACAUGUAUCCAGUUAGAACCUAAAAUUUGUUUUGAAUUCUGAGAAAAUGCUUUUUUUAUUUAAAAAAUUAUACCUAGGGAAUGUUUUAAGUCUGACAUAGAAAGCUCUUCUAAAUAUGUUACCCGUGCAAGAGUGUUUGUCCAACUAUAGUAGUUUUUUGUCCUUCAGAGAACCAUUCCAGGUGCUCUUUAAUCAAAAAACAAAAACAAAAAAUGUAUCCUUAAUUAUGCUACUUGAUUAAGCAUGUAGUUCAAGCACAUGCUUUGCCAUAUCAACAGUACUGAUAGUUAAUGACUGUAAAUUCAUCAUCUGUUCAUGUAAAUGCAUAUUCCAAAGCAUUUCCUUCCGUACUAAAUGUAUGUACAUUUGUAUUUUAAAUAUGGUAAACCAGUCUGCAUGUUCAGGCUCUCACUAUGACACCAAAGCACUAGCGUGGCUUUCUCGCAAUGCAACAGCUGUGUUUCAUAAUUUCCAUGAAAUAUUCAUUUCAUCCAGGUAUAGUGUGUACACUUCACUCUGAGAUGUUGUUAUUUAAUUUGGGGGUAUUAAUAGCACUUUUAAUUUAUUAUCCAAUUUGAUAUUUAAAGAAAACCUUGCUGUAUUUUCUUGUUCUGACAAUCAGAAUUUAUUAAGUAACUGAUUUAAUAAGAGAAUUGAUUAUAAUGUGUGAAUAAAUGUAUCUUUUCAGAGUUUAUGGAAGAAUGGCUUUACAUUUUAAAAUGGGAGUAAACUGGUUGUUGAGAUACUUCUCUCUUGUAGAAAUAGUACAUCUGGCUCUAGUUUUACCCACUAUUGGGGCAGUCCAAAAAUAGCAUUACCUACUUUUGCUGACACUGGGGACUCUAAUAUUGACCAGAUAGUAAAACUGUUUUAAUGUUUACUCUCUUGUGAUGUAAUCGUGACAGUACAAUCAUUACAAACCACUCCUCAGGCCACAGCAAAUAUACAAGUUCUCCUGAACUAAAAUUUUCUAACAAGAAAACACAGCCAUCGGUUGAGACGUUAACCACUAAAAAAAGAAUUUACAACCAAACUGUAUUUGCUUGCUGAAUACUGUGUUAAAGCACAUAAAAAUCAGACCAUUUAAGCCAAAAUGUUUGAUGUUUGGAAUCAAUGCAAGAAGUGAGCAAUUGUCACAAAACAAGCAGCCGUGAAUGUAUUAUGAUUUCUAAACGUGUGAAUUUCAAACGUCUGGCAUGCGCUUUGUUAAAAUAUGGCUUUAUAUGACAUUGAAAUGUGUACCACAUGCAACAGUGAUUUGAAAUAGUGUAGGGUUGUACAUUUCUGUAUAGAGCUUUGACAUAUUUUACUGUUUAAUUUACAUAUGACUUACUCUUUCAAUGUUUAUUUUCUGUGUAUGUUCCAGAUUUUAGCAUAUUCAUGAAGCUGAUAUGCUAUUGUUUAAACCUGUUGGUUGAAAGACUAAAGUAAAAGACUCAUCACAGCCAUAUUUUAAACAGUCUUAUUGCAAAACUUGCUUUUUGUCUACAAGUUCAUUCUUUCGUUCUACCUUUCAAGAGGGACUUUUGGACAAGAGUUUGUAAAAACUAUUUUGUUGGAAGCUGAAAAAAGUAUUUUAUUGUAAAAGAGAACAACAAAGAAUUUUAUAAAAGAAUGUGGGUUUGGAUUA